GUUUAUAACAAAAUAAAAUUAUAUUUUUAUUUUUGAUCAAAUAAUAAAAGGUUUUAGCAGUAGUAAAAAAUAAAAAGUAAAAGUUAUCUAAUAGAUAAUGAAGAGUUGUUGGUUUAUCGUUGCCAGACGAUGACAUUGAAAAUAUCUGUGAAAAAUUUUGGCGGCAGAAGAGGAUGGAGGAGCCUUUGAUUUUCAUCACUUGAUGAUUUCCUUCUUUCCCUUUUUUUUAGACAAUUUUAUUUCUAGAUUAUUUAACUACCCUUCUACUAACCUUUCCCUUGGAAAAAAAAAUUCAAAAAACUGCAAAGAAAGCUACAUCUAGGAUGAGGAAGGAAAUUUUUAUUUUUGUAAUUGUUAUUUUACCAAAUGUGCACACGCAAUUCAUUGCAGACUCGCUCAGAUAUUUACUCAAUACAGGUCGAUAUGAAAUCAAUGAGAAUGGUGUAUCUUAUCCAACGAUUGUUGAUGGUGUUAGAAGACAACGUAGUAUAUCUCAACAGGUACCAUUUCCAUGUGACACUAAAAAUGGAAGAUCAUUAAAAAUACCGUCUGAUGUAAAUCGUUUAAAAAUCGGUGAUAUUGAUGUUAUUGCUGGUCUUGGUGAUUCACUUGUUGCAGCAAGUGGUGCACUUGAAGAAUUUGCAAUUGGUACAUUCAUUGAAGCACGUGGUGUUAGUUGGUGUGCAGGUGGACAAGGAAAUUGGCGAACAUAUUUUACUGUUCCAAAUUUAAUAAAAGAAUUUAAUGGAAAUUUAACCGGUUAUGCUACGGGUACUGGAGAAUUUAUUUCUUCAAAGGCUGGACUUAAUAUCGCAUUUCCAGUUGCUGCAACCGAAGAUGCCCUACAUCAAGCAAAAAUUCUUGUAAAAAGAAUUAAAAAUAAUCCAAAGAUAGAUUUUAAAAAACACUGGAAGAUGAUUACUAUUUUAUUUGGUGCAAAUGACAUUUGUUCAGCUCAGUGUUACAGUCCAGUGGCAUUUUCACCAGCAAAAUAUGCGCUAAAUCUUAGAAAAGCAUUGGAUUAUUUAAGGCUUAUGUUACCAAGAACAUUUGUGAAUUUAGUUCCUGCCAUAGAUGUAACUGUAUCAGUUAGAGUGACUCGUAGUGUAAUGUGUAAUUUGAUACAUCCACUUUACUGUGCUUGUCUUCAUCAAGGCAAAAGACCAGAUAUUGCUGCUUCAAAAAUGGUCAGACUUUAUCAGCAAGCUGUUGAUUCUCUAGUCUCUUCUGGAAGGUAUGAUACCACCGAGGAUUUUACAGUGGUUGUUCAACCAUUUACUAAAAUGUUUAAUGCUCCAAAUUCUGAUCCAAGUAAAGCACCACCGUUUGAUUCAAAUAUGGUCACUUAUGAUUGUUUUCAUUUUAGUCAAAAAGGACAUGCACUUGUGGCAAAUUUAUUGUGGAACAAUAUGCUCGAACCAGUUGGAAAUAAAAGCCAAAAUCAUCUUCCAAAGCUGAUGGAAAAAGUCCAUUGUCCAACUGAAAAUGCACCUUAUAUAUUUACAAAUAAAAAUUCAAAAAGAUAUCGUGAUUAUGGACAUCAAGAUGGAAUUAUUCCUCGAUGAAAAAAAAAAAAAAAUUACAUGGAAUUUGAGAAUGGUGUUUCUGAUAAUAACCUUGAUGGAUAUAUGAUUUUUUUUCAACAAAAAAAAUCAUAAAAAAUUCAUCAAGAUAGAUGGAAAAAAAAGAGCAUUAAAAUUGCUGAACUGCCAUUGCGAAAUAUGCGUGAAAAAAAGUAAAUUUGCCAACUCACAAGAUAAAUGAGUUUUUUUUUUUGAAAAAUAGUUAAAUUAAAAUUUUAUGAUUAAUAAUAAAAUAUUAAAUUAAUCAGAGCCCGUGUACCUCUAAUGCUCAAUCCUAAUUAAGCAAUAUAAAAAAUAAUUUAUUUAGAUAUUUUUUAAGAUACUUAAGAUUUAUUUAGAUAGAUAGUUCAAAUUAACUGACUAAUUUUUAUCGAAAUAUAUAUAAUGAUCUUGCUCAGGUUUAUGACCUAUUAUAAUAUAUUAUAAAAAAUAAAUAAAUAAAUAUGAAAUUGUACCUUUAUUUAAAGAAAAAAAAAUAUAGUCAAGUGCUCCAAGUUGCACCCUAAGUGUCCCGUAGGAUUUUUUUUUAUUUUUUUUUCUUGCCGUUCGAUUAAUUUUUU